CUGAUUUCGCACGGAUUCGGAUUGCCUGAGCGGUCUGAGCGGUGAGCGGUGUAAAUCAUGGGGAACCACCAUGCGACAGGACAUUUCUUUAACUUCUGCGGUUGCACAGAUGCUUUUGGUUUCGAAGGAAGUGCCAAGGCCGUCAUCAACAUGUAUGACAUCAAGCCAUGGAAUGCUCGAAGCCUUAUUCGUGACAGGCUGAACAAGCAAGGAGACCUCGCGCGGAAGUCUCCUCUUCGUAAAGUGCCUGUGAAAGAAGGUCUGAAGUACUUUCGUGACAAAGUUGGUGGUAGCUGGAUCAGGCCAGCGGCGGAGUUGCAGAGGGAGCAUUUUGUGGAAAUGAUCAUCAUGCUUUUAGGCCAUUUGGAUAUACCCCACAACCCCAGGGAGCGGGAAGACUUGUACAAUGUCUUUGACUCCAUGGACUUUGACGGGAAUGGAACACUUUCAACAGGAGAAUGGGCUGCUGGCCUUUCCGUUUACUUCAAAGGCUCAAUGGCGGAGGCUGUACGCGCUGUCUUUGAUUGCCUGGAUGCAAAUGGUGAUGGGGCCAUAUCCAAAUCAGAGCUGCAGGUCUACCUCUCACCUUUCGUGAAGGCUAUGUCUCCACCAGAAGCGGCUGCUCUCCGGCCACUUCUUGAGAAGAAGGCCGUGGACGAUAUCUACUAUGACAUGGACAUGGACCAUGCAGCUGAUAUCUCCAGUGAUGAGAUGCUGUCGUGGAGCCAACGUGGAAACAACAUCGUGGACCGGCUUGCCGACAUUAUUGAUCAGGAGGUCUACCAGAUCUGGCUGUCUGAAUCCAAAAAGCGAGCUACAAACAUGAGGCGUUCCUCUGAAAGACCAGGAAGUCCCAGCGGUGCCUACGAUGGAAGUUAUGGAAGUUACCACUCGCAGGAUGGAACUUACAUGCAGGGCCCAAGUGGCAACAGCCCAAGCCGCGGCCCGAAUGGCCCGAAUGGCCCGAAUGGCCCGAAUGGCGAAAGUCCGAUGUCCCACUCGGAGUAUGGGCCACCACCGUCGUAUUCAAACACAAGUCCCAAAGGGCAAGACAGGUCCAAUGGCUGGUUUGGCUAUUUCAAUGGCACAGCCGGCGCCUCUCCAGCAUCCAGGAGCCCCGCGUCAGCACCACCUGCUCCUUCAGCGCCUGCGAACUUCCACGAUCCCUUUGCGAUGCCAAGGAACGCCGUGCCACCGCCGCCGCCUCCACCUGCUCCAGGGCGGGCAGCUCCAAUGGCUGCAGCAGGCUUCCAGCCAAGCCCGCAAGCGACCUUUCAACAAGCAACUUUUCCACCGUCCCAAGCAUAUCACGCUUCGCCAUACCACAUGCCAUAUGGGGUUCCAAGUCCGUGCCGGUCAUCGCCACAAUACACAGGUGCGUAUUGAGCCCAACAAGGCACAAGGCCUGGAAGAUGACGUAUGAGUCCAGUGUGAGUCAUGAGUUUUUCUUUUCCGGACA